UGCUGAUGUGCCUGCCAACCUGGUAAUUACCUCUGCACGCAGCCUGUGCCUUCCAGCAGUGUGCUGGCAAUGAAAAAAAUAAGGCUGUGAUUGGCAUCUGCACCCAUAAUGGUGAAGAAAGAACAGAUAUAGCCAGCAUAGCAAGGCUGCAAGUGAAAGUGGCGAAAGGUUCCGCUCAUUUAAGUCACUACUUUCAGUUCCAACAAUUUAAAUUAUCAGUUUGAGGACAAGCAGAUGGAAGAAUAUGUCAGAGAUGGACAAAAGGACCAUUUCUUACUAAAAUAACAAGCUGUAAAGGAUCAGAGACUGAAUCCCUCCAUCUUCGGGAUUCUGAUGGGGACCAGUGAGGCAGCGCUUCGAAUGGAAAAUGUUGAACUGAAAGAGGAAUGGCAGGACGAUGAUUUUCCCAGACCAAUUCCAGAGGAACAAGGCAUGGAUGUUCUUGGACGAUUGCCAGCUCUGGAAAAUAGAACUUUACCCCCUAACACACUGAAUAUCAUUGGGAAUCAUCCAACACGCAAGACUCUUGUCGCCCCAGAAAUUAACAUCUCGCUGGAUCAGAGUGAAGGCUCCAUUUUGUCAGAUGAUUACUUGGAUACACCUGACGACCUCGACAUUAAUGUCGAUGACCUGGAGACUCCGGAUGAGACAGAUUCCCUGGAAUAUUUAGGAAAUGGAAAUGAGCUGGAGUGGGAAGAUGAUACUCCAGUUGCAAGUGCAAAAAACUCUCCCAGUGCAAAAGGGAGCUCCUUUGAAGACUGUGCAGGAGAUGGGGAAUCUACCAACGGGAGACUGUGGAGGACAAUCAUCAUCGGAGAGCAGGAACACAGGAUUGAUAUGAAAAUAAUCAGGCCAUAUAUGAGAGUGGUCACACAUGGAGGUUAUUAUGGUGAAGGUCUGAAUGCAAUUAUUGUAUUUGCUGCGUGUUAUUUACCCGACAGUGGUUGUGCAAAUUAUACCUACAUCAUGGAAAACCUCUUCCUGUAUGUGAUCAGUAUCUUGGAACUGCUGGUUGCUGAAGACUAUAUGAUUGUGUACCUGAAUGGGGCCACACCUCGCAGAAGGAUGCCAGGCCUAGGCUGGCUGAAGAAGUGUUAUCAGAUGAUAGACAGAAGGCUAAGGAAGAACCUGAAGUCAUUAAUAAUUGUUCACCCAUCCUGGUUUAUUAGGACUGUGCUGGCAAUUUCCAGGCCAUUCAUUAGUUUUAAGUUCAUGAGUAAGAUUCAGUACGCUCACACUCUCUCAGAACUGGAGCAGGCCAUCCCAAUGGAGCAGGUGCAGAUCCCUGAAUGUGUUUUACAAUUCGAGGAAGAAAGAAUAAAGUCAAGGAGGCCCAGGACAGAAGAUGGUCAGUCUGUCACUGAGAAAAACAGAUCUGGAGCUGCAGCCGAAGAGCAGGAGUAAAGGAAGCUAAGAACCUCCAUAUCGAAGACUGGAAUUCAGAGAAAACUGGAUGAAGUUCAUGACAAGAAAGUUGUUUUGAAAUACUGUGACCAAAUUUGAUGGUUAUAAGAAUUGACUUUCACUCUCUGCCACUGAUUCCAGGAUGCAGACACUGGCCCCCAAGUUCAUUGGAACUCUGUUGCCCUUGAUCAGGCCACUUUAACAUGACACGGGGUUUCUGAUGUCAUACAUGAAAACUAUGUGGGACAUGGUCAUAACCCUAUUGCCAAAAGAGUACCCCAAGCAUAGCUGUUGAGAAUCAUUUAAUAUCACUUUCCUUUCAUCUAAUUUACUGAAGCACUGAUGUUGCUGUACUGUGGGUUCCCCAGGCAUAGAUUUCUCUCCAAUACUGCAGCUGUGGCUAAUAUUUGUUAGUUUCAAGGCUGAUUUGGAUAAUCUGUCGGUAUCAAAGCCUAAACUCAAUUCUCUCCUUAACCAACUCUUACAUUGGAGUCUCCAACAAUCCAAUGAAGGCAGUAGCCUUAGGUGUUCUUCCCCAGUUCCAUUGUAUUAAAAGGCUCAACACAAUCUAUUAAAAGGAUUCUCCACAAUCAACAGUGAUGGUUAGUGAGGACUCUAAAGAUAAUGGGUCUGGGAAAGGUCAUAUUGCUACAUUUCAGCUUGCUGUUAAGGAGGAAUAGGAAUCUUUUACCGCAUUCAACCCACAAUUACCUGAGGCUGGCAUUGGUGCAUAGGCAAUUUGUACAUUUUUUUCCACUGAACAUUAUCACCCUGAUAAUAUAUAAUAUUAAAUACAAAAAUAACUAAACCAUGGGGUUGGUGGGGGGGUUUGGUGAUAGGGUCGGGUCCAAUGUAUCAUUGAAUAGUAAGGUGAUCCCAGAAGUUUUAGGAUGAAUGCAUCCUAAAACUUAGGAUGAAUGCAAUGUGCUCUCCCUUUGUGACUGGCAAAGUCUCUGACCCAGUCCCUGGCCUCUACUGGGUUGGUUAGGGUGGCAGUUUAGAUGCUGCACAGUUGGCAUCUCCCAUGGUUUUGGGGGUUGUUUUAAAGUUUUUUUUAUUCAUUAAUGGAACGAGGGCGUCACUUGCUAGGCAGCAUUUAUUACCCAUCCCUAAUUGCCCAGAUGGCAGUUCAGAGUCAACCACAGUUGUGGGUCAGCCAUAAAGUGGGAAAGACAGUAUCUGUCACUCCUAUCCCACUCCUGUUCACAGCCCAAUAACUCCUCCUGCCUGGUGUCUGGGAUGUUGGGGGACAGAAAGAGUCAAGUAGGUGUCUGUGACACCGUCAGUGAUUGAGGGAACAGUGCAAGGACAGUCAUUGCCGAUGGAAACUAAUGACAGCAAGUCAGUGCUUUGAUGGGAAAUCGGGAGAGGGAAUCUAUGGAAAUGCUGUUCCGCUGGAUUAGUAAGGUGAGAGUGGAAGGCAGGACUGCCUGAAGAUUAACCUGCUCUGGUGGCAGAGAGUGAGGUCUGACCAAUCAGGUGAAACACACACCCAGCUGACGAUCAGAUUGGUCAAAUAAGUUGAAAAAUUCCCAAUUGAUGGGUCAGUUACUGCAAGUAUUUUUUGUUUGUUUAAUAAUUCUAGUUGUAAUCAACGUUCACUUUGAAUGUAUUAUGUGUACAGUUUUAAAACCUUUGAUUUUGCAUUGUCACUAAUUGCGAAGUAUUGUUGACUUAAAUUCAAGCUCUUAUCUAACAUGCUUGCUCCCUAUGCUGCAGUGUGAACCACCCAGUGUGUAAUUAACAGCUGCAAAAAUUGUAAAACUCACUGGAAGUAUUCAUCCCCCUUUGUGAUCUUUAAGACUAUAUCAUGAUAAUUCUUUGCCUGUUGUCUACACUGGAAUUUUUAGUGAACAAAUCUUGUGGAGCCCCUUGAUGGAUUUGUCUUGAACAUCUUAACUGUUAAGUUCUUUUAAAAUAGUGUCUGUCAGUGGCUUUUUUUAGGAACACCUGUGACUUUCCCCACAUGGUGCGGUUCAGCUCCUGGGAAGUGGCAAUAGCCAUGGAAUUGAAUUACCUCUUAAUACAAAAGCAAAAUGCUGCAGACACUGGAAAUCUGAAAUUUAAAAAUAAAUGAACUGCUGGAAAGGUGCAGCAAACGCUGGAGAAAGAAACAAAGUUAACAUUUCCAAGUUAAUCUUAAACCAGUAACAUCCUUUCCCAUUGUCACCGGGUAACAAGGAGGGCACAGGAAUUAAUCCAGCUCUGUUGAUACUCCCAGGGUUUUUAAAUGGAACCCCUAACGUUGAUAGUCUUUGGGUUUGCUCAGCUCUGUAGGCUGCUCAUGGCUCCUGGGACAAAUGAUAAUGUCCAUGUUAUACUGAUUUCACAGAUCAGUUAAAAAUUGAAGUUGCAUUGGGUCCCAGAAAGUCUCACUCAGGCCUUUAGGAAAUAGCAGUUUUCUACCAUCUCCCUAUCAUCCCAUUUGAUCGCUCCAUUGGUCUUUAUUAAAGCCUGGACUGGCUGUGGGAUUUUUAACAAAGCUAGCGUGCCUUCGCUGACUAGAGGGAAUCAGGAGCUAUUGAGAGGCGGCUGUAUCCCACAGCGUGAAAAGAUCAUAUUGAAUUAAACCAGUAGUUUUACUGUCCCUUCUGUUAAAGGCCCCGUCCUGCACUUGGCAAUGCCUGAGGCAGCAUGAUUGAAUCCAGCAGCUUGCUGUGGACAUAUGGAGCUCAGACCCAUUCCUUCACAGAGCAGUAUUGUAGCAUUCCUGAGUAAGUUACUGCCUGGGGUUUUGGCCCAGUUUACAAAGUUAGUGACACUGUUAAUGUGAACUGGAUAUUUAGCCAGUUGACGCCUAAUGUUAUGGCUAUUCAAUGUUUUCAAUUGUUAUAAAAAUAAAAAGUUGGCACAGGUGCCAUGCAGUCAUUGCUAAGAUGAA